UCGGAAACUUGGUGAGUGUUUACAAUUUGAUUUCCAUUCGCCACUUUUUAGCUUUCUGCACCGUGGGACGUGUCUUCAUCUCGCCUGCAGCUGUCCACACGUGUACGGUUUCUCUUCGCUCUCCGUCUUACCACCGUUAGCAGCUGCCAACGUUGCCUAACGUACACGACGAUCAUCGACGUUUUUUGUGGAAAAUCAUUGUCAACUAGUCCCAUAACCGUUGCCGCAUACCUUACCGCACCGCACGUUACACGCACACGCUGCGAGUGUUGCCAUCCUCUGUACAAACCGACGACCUAGACUCAGUCGCGACAUGACGGUGCUCAACCUUAAGGACAAGGUGAAGAACAACAAACUGAACCUGAGUGGUCUGAACCUCACGGAGAUACCCGUUAAGGAAAUCGUUCCAUUGAAAGUCUCUCACCUAGACUUAUCCAACAACAAAAUCUCUUCGACCGACAAUGUUUUUUCACAAUUGCCCAGUUUGGUAAAACUUGAUCUAUCCAAUAACAACCUAAAGAGUAUUGCAGGAGAUAUUGGUUCAUUGCAAAAACUUGCUCACCUCUCGUUGGCCAACAACAAAAUCAAAGAUUUACCCAAGGGCUUAAGUAAACUCAAACAGUUGAAACACUUGAACUUGAGUAACAAUCCGUUGAAAUCAGAAUUGGCUGAAGCUAUUGGUUCACUAAAUAAUGCACAGUCCACUGCUGUCAAUGUAAUCCAAUACUUAAAGGGUGAUUCAAAAAAGCAAGAUGAUAAACAAAACAAAAAGAAGGAUAAGAAAAAUGUCAAAUCUACACCGAAUGGUGUACAAAAUGACAAAUCAAAAAAUAAAACCAAACCCAAAAAGAAGCCUGCAGGUUUCAUAUCCACUGUUUUUGGAUUCUUUGGUAUGCUCAUUUCAUACACACUUUUGAUUGCUGUGUUGAGUGGUCUAUCUGUAUAUGCAUUGUCAUAUUAUGACAAAAAAGCAUAUGGUAAUGUUAAAGCUAAGAUAUUGCCUAUUUGGACUUCAGCUACUGCAAAUCUAGAUCCACAAGUGGCUUCUAAGGUCAACUAUUAUUUACUGCAAGCUGGAACUUCAUUCGAUUUGGCCAUUCAAACCAGUAUUGAAGCAGCUAUAAAAUCGUAUAAGUGGGUUAAAGCAAAUCCAACUGUACAGCAAUAUGCUAAAAAUGUACAAGAAGGAUGGGUAUCUCUUUGGGAUAGUGUGUUUAAAAAAGUGAAAUCUACGUGAUCCGUGACAUAAAUUGUAAAAAAAAAAAAAUCAAUAAUUAAUUAUUAUUAUUUUUUUUUUUGUAUGACUAUUCCAUGUUUCAAUAUCAAUUUCGUACAUUUUUUUGAAGAGCCUAUGUUUUGCCUUCUUAUCAUCAUAAGCUAUAUGUACAACUAAAUUUACUUGUCAAUAAGUAUUAUAGUUUUAUUUUUUUCAUACAAA